AUGGCGGGGAAAGAUGACUAUUAUGAUUACCUCUACAAAAUUGUUCUCAUUGGAGACAGCGGCGUAGGGAAGUCCAAUAUGCUCUCCAGGUUUACUCGUGAUGAAUUUAAUUUAGAGAGUAAAUCAACAAUAGGCGUUGAAUUUGCCACAAAAAGUGUUUACUUAGAUGAGGGAAAAGUUAUUAAGGCCCAGAUCUGGGAUACAGCUGGCCAGGAGAGAUAUAGGGCAAUAACUUCUGCAUAUUACCGCGGAGCAGUAGGGGCUUUAUUGGUGUAUGAUAUUUCUAAGCGCCAAUCCUUUGACAACGUAGAGCGUUGGUUAAAGGAAUUACGUGACCAUGCAGAUCCAAAUAUAGUUAUAUUAUUAGUAGGAAAUAAGAGCGAUUUACGUCAUUUACGUGCAGUUUCUCCAGAGGAAGCAACAAAAUUCGCUAAUCAAGAAAAUGUUGCAUUUAUUGAGACUAGUGCAUUAGAUGCUACCAAUGUUGAACAAGCUUUCCAUCAAAUUCUUGCUGAAAUAUAUCUACUAAGACAAAAGAAACAAAUGGAGGAUAACCCUCAAGGCACACUUACUCAACCAGGCAGAGGCCAAAAGAUUCAAGUUGAUGAAGAUAACAGCCGCAGCAUGCAGUCACGCCCCAGCAAGAAAAGCGCCUGCUGCAGCUAA